ACAUGUUGAUCCAGCGUCACGGCGCCGACGCCACUUCUAGGGCCCGGAGAAGUGUUUGGACGGCUGCUCCCGGAGCAGUUCCCCAUCCGCAGCUCACCUGUUGACUCCCGAAAACCUAGCGUCGCGACGUCGAACAAUUCUCGAUUUCUGCUGAUCUUUCUAACGGUUAAUGACUCUCUGCUGUUCGGCUUCUGUACCGUGUUGCUGAGUGCCCUACCAUCCAGUUAAACUCUCAAAAAAAUUUCUCUAAAAGUAAUUAAAAAAGUAAGUUCUCAGUUAGAACUUCUAUAAAGCUGCUGCAUAACUGUAAAGUCUGGCGUCAAAACAGCAGAAAGGUUUGAUGAAGAGCAGACACCAAUUUCGCAGGCGUUUCAGCUUGCAGCCUUCGUUUCUGAAAGAGGAACCAGAAGAGGAUAGACAUCAUUCGUCGAGGGGUUUCAGAUCCCAGAAAAGCGAAGAUGCGGAAUCUCCCGAUAAGAACGACCACGUGGGAACUGGAGGAGUCGCAGCUACUUGCAACGUUAGGCACAAGAUAGUAGUUAUGGGAGCGGCGAAAGUGGGGAAGUCUUCCAUUAUUACCCAAUUUCUGUAUGGGACUUUUUCCUCAAAGUACAAAAGAACCGUUGAAGAGAUGCAUCACGGGGAAUUCAACGUAGCUGGGGUACACCUGACAUUGGAUAUCUUAGAUACAUCCGGAGCUUACGAAUUUCCUGCAAUGCGAGCCUUGUCAAUAUCAUCGGCGGAUGCCUUCAUUUUAGUGUACGACGUCACGGAUUCGGGAACUUUCGAAGAAGCUAGAGCUCUUAGAGAUCAAAUUCACGAAACUAAAUGUUCUACAAAUGUUCCAAUCGUCGUAGUCGGAAAUAAAACAGAUUUAACUGGGGAUCGUGAGAUCGAUACAGCGACAACGGAAUCGGUCAUCACCGUGGACUGGGAAAACGGAUUCGUAGAAACGUCAGCUAAGGAUAACGUUAAUAUCACCAAAGUAUUCAAGGAACUUCUAGCUCAGGCAAAAGUUAAAUAUAACUUGAGCCCCGCUCUGCGCCGGCGUCGUCGACAAUCUUUGCCUUCUCAACCGGGGCCCCCUCAGACCCCCACGCACGCUGCAAUGAUCCCAUCCGCCGUCCAAUUACAGGUAAACGACAUGCACCUGCAGCAGAUAAGAGAUCGUCACGGCAAGAGGAACUCGUGUAUCAUCUCCUAAGUUCAAAUUUUUCUAUUAUUAUUAUUAUUAUUAUUAAAGUGAAGAUUAGGUACAAAAGUACUUAUCUAAAAAUUGAAGGCCUAGAACAGCUCCUUACUUCACUUUUCUAAUCUCUUCUAAUUUAGAUUUACGAGUUAAAUCUAUAAAAUAUAAAAUUUACUUGAAACCAAAAGUUUUUAAACAUUAUUUUAUUAUUUAAACAUGUUGAAUCAAUACAUUCCUAUACAUCAAAUAUUUCAAAAAUAAACUUUAGCAAAAGACUUUCGUAUUCUUAAAGUAAAAUAAAAAGUUAUUCGUGAUAAA